GGCGCACGCGCACGCUACUCCUCCUCCCUCGGUUCCUCUGUCCCUUCGGCCGCCUCGGCUCCCUCAUCACAUCUGCCGCGCGCGUCUGAGCUGACGCGAGCUAACCGGGAGAAAUCCUAGCGAGUUGCCGCGGUCUCCUACCCGCCAGCCGGCCAGGCUUCCGUGACCUCCCCUCCCCUUCAGUAGCCCUAGCUUGCUUUCGUCGGCGGCGGCCCGAUUCCAGCGAAAGCCCAAGGAUGGAGGAGUAACUAACAAGUACUCCGUACUUUGCACGAUCCCACCAGAAAUAAAGUCGCGGUCGUCGCGCGCGGCAGCUUGGCGAACGAUAAACUUUGUUCCUACAGUUCGGUGUGAAGUUGGCGCGCGGCGGAGUGAUCAAUUCUGUUCUGGCGGGGUAGUAGAAGUAGAAAGACCCAGGGAAAUUCCUGCACACGCACGCCCCAUCGUUAGUCGGCAUAUGGAGGGUUCCAAUUCCAACUCGCACGGUGGCGCCGGAGGCGGUGGUGGAGGGUCCAGCUCGCCGACGCCGUUCCUCGUCAAGACCUACGAGAUGGUGGAGGACCCGGCGACCAUCCACGUCGUGUCGUGGGGCCCCGGCGGCGCCAGCUUCGUGGUGUGGAACCCGCCGGACUUGUCGCGCGACCUGCUGCCCAAGUACUUCAAGCACAGCAACUUCUCCAGCUUCAUCAGGCAGCUCAACACAUAUGGUUUCCGGAAGAUCAAUCCCGAGAGAUGGGAGUUCGCCAACGACGACUUCAUCAGGGGACACAAGCACCUUCUGAAACGCAUCCACCGGCGCAAACCGGUGCACAGCCACUCGCUGCGCACCCAAGCGAGCGGGCCGCUAGCGGAGUCCCAGAGGCGCGAGCUCGAGGACGAGAUCAGCAGGCUCAGGUACGAGAAGAGCCUGCUCCUGGCGGACCUCCAGAGGCAGAACCAGCAGCAGCGCGGGAUCAGCUGGCAGAUGCAGUCGCUGGAGAGCAGGCUGGCGCAGAUGGAGGAGCGCCAGAGGAGCGUCGUGGCCUCCCUGUGCGACAUCCUGCAGAGGCGCGGGGUCGUUCGUGUUCCGGCCUCCGCGCUGGAGACGACGGACCACUCCAGCAAGAAGAGGAGGGUUCCGAUUCCCAAGACCGAUCUCUUCGUCGCCGGCGAACAACCCAAGGUCGAAGAGCAGCAGGUGCUGCCGUUCCUGCAGGCGGUGGGCGCAGAAGCGCCAGGCGUGUCGCCGAUCCGCGUUUUGGAUGCCGAGCCGUUUCAGAAGAUGGAGCUGGCCUUGGUGUCGCUGGAGGAUUUCUUCCAGAGGGCGGCACCCCCCGCGCCUGCUCUGGAAAUGUGCACUGGUGCUGCUGCUGCUGCUGCUGAACCCAGCCCUCCUCUGACUCUUGGCGAGAUGCUCUCAGUCCCAGCACCAGUGGAUACCAAUAUCGAUCUGCAGCUGCAGUCAUCAGCUUGCCAGAAUCCCUUUGCUUCGACCUCAGGGCGAGACCAGAUGUCUUCUCCACUGGCAGAACCUCCGAGCUACGCCCAGAGCCCGAUGCUGCUGCCAAUGGCACAGCUCCAUGGGUACGACUAUAGGGCAGCUCAAGUCGACAUGUGCUCUGACACCACAACUGGCGACACUUCACAAGAUGAGACCACCAGUGAAACCGGAGGUUCCCAUGGGCCGGCCAAGGUGAACGAUGUGUUCUGGGAGCGGUUUCUCACAGACGCAGAGGGCAAAAGCGAGGCGAUAGAAGCAAAGGAAGAUGUCAAGGCUGCCGUAGACCGCAGCUGUCUUCGUCUCCACGACAAUGUUGAUCGGAUCACUGAGCAGAUGGGGCAGCUCGAUUCAGCUGAGAACGACUCCUAUGCAAUCCAGAAUUGCUGAUAUCACAGCAUCGCUGCUGAUCCAUAUAGUCCAUUUGUAAAGCUAUAUAUAGCGCUGUACAUUAUAGACUAGUUUAGGCCACCUUAAUUCCUUAAAUGCCCUGGUAGUUUAGUAAGCUAAGAGCAUCUCCAAGAGACUAGCUAAAUAACUCGUCAAGCUAAAUUUUAGCUACUCAAUAGUAAAUUAAAUCUCCAACAGACUAGUUAUCUGACUCGCAAGCUAUCUGACUCUGUAAAUUGGCUCUCUCAUUAGCUAAAUUUGGCUAGCUACCUGACUAGCCAAACUAGAUAGAUAGUCUGUUGGACUGA